AUGGGCGCCGAGGAACCUACACCCGAGAACUACACCCUGCUUCAGGGCUUUGAGUGGAAUGUGCCUGCUGAUGGCAAGCACUACAAGCGCUUGCACGAUGCAAUGCCCUCCUACAAGCACAUUGGUAUCUCCAACAUCUGGCUACCUCCCGGCUGCAAAGCCAGCUCUCCCAACGGCAACGGCUACGACGUCUACGAUCUCUACGACCUCGGUGAAUUCGACCAGAAAGGUGGUGUAGCCACAAAAUGGGGCACCAAAGACGAACUCCUCGCCCUCUCCUCUCUCGCAAAAGAAAAGGGCAUCGGUCUCUACUGGGACGCUGUUCUCAAUCACAAAGCCGCCGCCGACAAGAAGGAAAAAUGCCAUGUUAUUGAAGUCGACUCCAACGACCGCGAGAAGCAAAUCUCUGACCGCAAAGAGAUUACCGCAUGGUUGGGCUUCAACUUUGAUGGCAGAGGUGACAAGUACAGCAAGCAAAAGUACCAUUGGUAUCACUUCGGAGGUACGGAUUAUGACGCUGCCACGGGCAAGAAUGCGAUUUUCCAGAUUCAGGGUGAUGGCAAGGGGUGGAGUGAGUCUGUGGAUGACGAAGGCGGCAAUGCUGAUUUCCUCAUGUUUGCCGACUUGGACUACUCCCACCCUGAAGUCUGCGAAGAUGUCACAAAUUGGGGCAAAUGGGUUGUCAAGGAAGUUGGUUUGAGAGGAUUCCGUCUUGAUGCCGUACAGCACUUUUCUCAGCGCUUUACCAAAGAGUGGAUUGAGGCACUGAGACAAGAACAUGGAGAUCUUUUCUACGUCGGCGAGUUCUGGACUGGCAACAAGAAGGACCUGAUCGACUGGGUUGAACAGAUGGAGAGAAAGUUCUCGCUGUACGACAGCCCGCUGCUCAACAACUUCUCCAACAUCAGCAAGAGCGAAGCUGCAGACUUGAGAAAGGUGUUUGACAACACCUUGGUCCAGGACAUGCCCGUCAACGCAGUGACCGUAGUAGUAAACCACGACACCCAACCCGGCCAAACCGUCGAGACCCCUGUCGAAGGCUUCUUCAAGCCCCUCGCCUACUCCCUCAUCCUCCUCCGCCGCGACGGCUACCCCAGUGUCUUCUACGGCGACCUCUACGGCAUGAAAGGCGACAACCCCGAACCCCCUUCCUGCGGCGAUAAACUCGCCGAUUUGUGCACCCACGACAGAAAAAAUGGAUGCGCGGUGGUGAUGAGCAACACGGGUCCUGGAGAGAUCAAGAUGCAUGUGGGUCCUGAGCACAAGGGAGAAGUGUGGACGGAUCUGCUGGGCUGGGAGCAGGGAGAGGUUACCAUUGAUGAGGAAGGUAAUGGUGUGUUCAAGUGUCCUGGUUGCAGUGUUGCCGUCUGGACCAACAAGGAUGCAGAGGGCAGAGAACAUUUCCCCGUCAACUUUGACAGCGACAUUUACAAGGAGGCUGGCAAGCAGAAUGGCGACGAGGAAAAGAAGGAAGACAACAAGGAAUAA